CAACACGUGGACUUCUAUUAGCUGGCCUGAUACGGCCUCCCCCUCCAUCACCUUUACCAGCAGACCUCUCGUCUCUCUCUCGGUCUUCCCAAAUCCCCAUCGCUCUUUAUAUAUUACUUCAAAUUCGAAAGCCUCCCUCCCCACCUUCACUGUCACCCGCUCACCCUGCUCGCUCUCUCCCUCUCUCUCUGCCAUGUCUUCUUCCAUUUCUGCAUCCAUCUCAUCCAACCCAACCCAGAAUCUCCAUCACCGUAAACGUCGCUGGACAUCUCCGUUCAUCAAACUCAAUCAUCCGAACUCCAUCACCAAACCACCCGGCCACCGCCGGAGUUUCCACCCAACCACCACCCAUUGCACUCUCUCCUCCCAUUCCCUCCUCGAACCUCCCCCAUCCCUCUACAAUCACCAUUCCCCGCCCUCCAAUCUAAAUCCCUUCCAGCUCGCCGCCGCCGCCGCACUCGACGCCGUCGAAGAUCGAUUCAUCUGCAACUUACUCGAACGCAAUCAUUCCCUUCCCAAAACCCUAGACCCCAACAUCCAGAUCGCCGGAAACUUCGCCCCCGUCGGCGAGACUCCCCCGCGGCACAACCUCCCUGUUUCCGGCCAAAUUCCUUCGUCUCUCAACGGCGUCUACCUUCGCAACGGCGCGAACCCCCUCUUCGCCCCCCGCGCAGGUCACCACCUGUUCGACGGCGACGGAAUGAUCCACGCCGUGAGGUUUCGCGACGGCCGCGCCUCCUACGCCUGCCGAUUUACGGAAACAGAGCGGCUUCGGCAAGAGCGAGCCAAGGGGCGCGCUAUCUUCCCGAAAGCGAUCGGCGAGCUUCACGGCCACUCGGGAAUCGCACGUCUGCUCCUUUUCUACGCGCGCGGGCUCUUCGGUCUCCUCGAUCCCUCCAGCGGCGUUGGUAACGCGAACGCCGGCUUAAUCUUCUUCAACAACCGCCUUCUCGCCAUGUCGGAAGAUGAUUUGCCCUACCAAGUUCGCGUCACUCGAGCCGGCGAUCUCGAGACGGUCGGACGGUACGAUUUCGAUGGACAGCUGAAAUCAUCCAUGAUCGCGCAUCCAAAGCUCGAUCCAAAAACAGGGGAAAUCUUCGUGCUCAGUUACGACGUAAUCAACAAACCCUAUUUAAAGUAUUUUAGCUUCUCCCCCACCGGGGAGAAAUCCGCCGACGUCGCAAUCCCGCUGGAUCAGCCCACGAUGACGCACGACUUCGCCAUUACCGAAAAUUUCGUCGUGGUGCCGAAUCAGCAGGUGGUGUUCAAGUUGCAGGAAAUGAUCCGGGGAGGCUCGCCGGUAGUUUUCGAUAAGGAGAAGACGGCGCAGUUUGGUGUUCUUCCGAAGCGCGCCGUUGAUGACUCCGAGAUGGCUUGGAUCGACGUCCCGGAUUGCUUCUGCUUCCAUUUCUGGAACGCGUGGGAAGAGACUGAAACAGAACAAAUCGUCGUCAUCGGUUCCUGCAUGACGCCGGCCGAUUCUGUCUUCAAUGAAUCAUCGGAGAACCUACGGAGCGAGCUCACCGAAAUCCGCCUCGAUCUAAAAACAGGGCAAUCGACUCGACGGCCUAUCGUCCGAUCAGCAGGGCAUGUCAAUCUCGAAGUCGGGAUGGUGAACCGCCACCAUCUUGGCCGGAGGACUCGAUACGCGUACCUCGCGAUAGCGGAGCCAUGGCCGAAAGUCUCCGGAUUCGCAAAGGUGGAUCUCGCCUCCGGCGAGAUGCAGAAAUUCGAGUACGGGGAAAUGAAGUUCGGCGGCGAGCCGUAUUUCGUGCCGGCGGAAGGGGAGGAGGAGGAGGAGGACGAAGGUUACGUGAUCGCGUUCGUGCACGACGAGCUAAAGUGCAAGUCGGAGCUGCUGAUAGUGAACGGGAAGGAGAUGAAAGUGGAGGCGGCGGUGAGGCUGCCGUCGCGAGUACCUUAUGGAUUCCAUGGAACCUUUGUGGGGGAAGGGGAAUUGGAGCUCCAGGUAUGAUCGAGAGCAGAUUCAUGUCAAUUUUGUAGUGCUGGAAGCCACCGGAGGGGUGGGCUGCAUUGUCCUGCUUCUGCUUCUGCUUCUGCUUCUGCUUCAGAAAGUAGGUACAUACAUAUCUACUCUAUAUUGUUCUGGUUUGUUUAGGUAUAUAAUGUGAAAUCUAGUAGUUUGGCUGUAGUGAUGUAG